AUGAGUGGGUCCGUCCGGCUGAGGGCCAAACGGCUUAAUAAUCAUCAACUUCCCCCACCAAGGAGUAAAAUUCCCCGCCUCUUCACCGCAGCACCUCCUGUACAUGUGGUCAUACCUACAAUUACGGCAACUGUUAGACCUGUUUUGACAACUUCAACAUUUGGUAAUGGUUGUCCAUCCAAUAGGCAAGAUCCACCAGAAACAGAUCGCACAACUCAAGAACUAUUAUCUGAUAUUCUAUGUCACAAUGAAACUGUAGUUAUUUUCAUUAUGCUCCCCAACUACAACAACCACUGGCAAGAAGCCAGAAAUAGAAACACUAAUCGUCAACCAAACCAAUAUCACGUACCCUACAACGGCCCUGUCUUCCAUCGACCUCUACCACCUACCAAUCGCCGACCACCAACCAACCCAUCCAGCUAUAUCCCACCCCAUCGCCGACCUACCUACAACACAGCCUACCAAUCAAGAGGUAACCAUCGACCUGACCAACAACAGAAACGACUACCAGCCCACCGACGCCAACCAGUCCCCACUCAUAAGGAGGAAGAACCCUUUGUGAAGGUGUUCUUCCAAGUUUUGCAGUGCCUCCAUCAUUUGGCAAUCCUUACCCUUCAACAGCAAGGCCAACCAGCGUUUACCUUCAAACGCAAAGUCUCUGAGUUGGAUAGUUUUAUCCGUCCAGCAAUGAAAACAUCAGCUGUCGACGCGAAUAUUAGAUCCCUCAAUCGGACAUGGCUCUGUAAGGUUACGCAGGUCCUGAUCGACCAUUACCAAACCACACUUCAAGAGAAGCUGACCACCAUUCGUACCAAGUCUUUAUCAUCACCUGCCGUCGACCGCAUCGUUUCUCAUGCCCUGUCCUGGGCCCGUCGCUCCUAUGGGAAACGUCUCACUCAAGCUGUAAUUUCCAAAUUCUACCAAACAAUCAACGAAACAAAAACCAGAGUAACCAUAUCUCUACCAACUGAAAUGGACACUACACCUGCACCACCUAGAGCUACCACGCUGCCGAACCAAACCCCUAAAUGA